UAAAGGCCGCGGUUUUUUAAGCCUUCGUUCCUACCGCUUGUUCCGCAUUAUUUGGAUUGGUGUACUACGGGCAAGAAAGACUCAAAGCGUAUUCAACGAGCUCCUGGUCCUAGUCCUCCUUAGUUCGUACUGCGACACAGUUCGGACUUAAGGUUGAUUAUGGCAAACCCGUUUAACCAUGAUCGCUUCCAAACAGAUAUAUCGUAUACGAAUUCAUAUCCCCAAAGAUCCUACCCCCAGAUGAGAGAUCUGCCUUCUCCACCUCCGACCAGCAGAUUCGGGGCAGGCUUUACACGUUCGCCCCAUUCGCCGCUCAACCGCCUCUCAUAUCUCCUCAACUCCCCAUCCGAACCAACCUCGGACCUCUAUGCGGCAAAUCCUUCCUCCCAAAGACCUAAUGACAGCAUGGACACAGAUAUGAAUAAUGGCUACUUGGAUGGGGCUAUAUCCUCCCAGACCCGUCUCCCGCAAUUGCCGUUAUAUUCGAGGGCCUUCGAACAAUUUAUGCAAAAUGGAGAGCACAACAAAGAGGUCGCGUUCACACCAUCCUAUUUAGAUGGUUCGGAUUAUAUACGGAAGCUUGAUGAAGCGCGCAAGGCUAAACAAGCGCGGAAGGAGGCUCAGCAGCAAGCAGGAAAUGGACUAUCAGCUGGUAUCACAGCGGGUGCCCUAGCAAGUAAACCACCAGCCUCUCACCUAGGAAUGACAUACGAUUUGAUCGAACGGGCACCGACUGUCGACGAUGAGAUCAUAGUACCACCUUUACCUACCAAAUGGAAUAAGGAUGAUAAACAAGGUCCCCUGGAGGUUUUAGCCGACGGCUUGGAGGUUAAGUACGCUUCAGGUCGCACCACAAGGGAACAAGAGCAUGAAGCCUGUGCGAUUCGUGCAGACCAUCCAAUGCCAUGGCAAGCAGGCCUCUACUAUUUUGAAGUCAGUCUUCUUUCUAGGAGAAGAGACGAAACCACAGUAUGUAUUGGCUUCUCGGCAAAGAACGUCCCUCUGGCCCGACCCCCAGGUUGGGAGCCUGACUCAUGGGGUUAUCACGGCGAUGACGGUGAUAUAUAUUCCGGGGAUAAGAUUGGGAAGCCGUACGAAGGAAAAAACUUCGGGCCGCCAGACAUCAUUGGAUGCGGAGUCAACUUCCGAACUCGCGAAGCAUUUUUUACGAAGAAUGGGAGGCAGUUUAAAACUGCGUUUCGGGACAUAAAGGGAAAUAUUUACCCUACCGUUGGCAUGAAGAAACCAGGGGAACACAUUCGCGUCAACUUUGGCCAGACGAAGUUCAUGUUCCAAAUCGAUAACUUGGUAAAGAAAGAGCAAGAAAAGAUGAUGGCGGCCAUCAAUAGGACAAGCAUGGAGAGAUUAGUAUCGCCUCCUAAAAAUGAGACGGACUUAAUUCAGCAACUCGUCUUGCAAUUUUUACAACACGAUGGAUACGUCGAGACGGCCCGGGCGUUUGCCGAGGAGAUACAUGCAGAAAAGCGAGACCUACAAAUCGACCAACAAACUCCUGUACCGGGAAUCAACAUCAAGGAUGAUGAGGAUGCUCACCAUAGGCAACGCAUCCGGAGAGCCAUCCUCGAGGGUGAUAUUGAAAAGGCCGUUAAGUACACCUAUACUUAUUAUCCAAGUGUGUUGAAGGAAAAUUACGACGUGUACUUUAAAUUGAGGUGUCGGACCUUCAUCGAAAUGGUACGGAAAUCAGCUGAGAUAAGCAACUCGAACGCCAAAAAGAGUAACGGGCACCCAUACGACGACACUCCUAACAAGAUGGACGUCGACGAGAAUGGCUUCUCAGACCAGAUGGAAGAAGACGGCCUGGAUACUCCAACAGAUCAAGAGGAUUGGCUUGUAAAAGCUGUCCAAUAUGGGCAAUCAUUACAAGAGGAUUUUAGGGAUGAUACGAGAUCAGAGACCACGAAAACACUCAACGAGGUAUUCUCGCUUCUGGCAUAUCCCAAUCCCCUGGAGGUUAAAGAGGUUGCGCCUUUACUAGAUCGCAAAGGUAGAGUAGCUGUAGCCGAAGAGCUCAACUCAGCAAUACUCUCAUCUUUGGGGAAAUCAUCGCGAUCGGCAUUAGAAAACCUCUAUGGACAAACGAGCGUAUUAUUGGAUUAUCUACGCGAAGAUGGUGGGCCAGGUUCAUUUAUUACCAUUCAGUCUGUUGUCGACGCGAUACCUCAACCGUUCUAGUACGAUGAGUUUCUGACUUGGAGCGAUACGCUACAAUGUGUCUCUGCUUCCUGCCGAGACCUUGCCCACCAAACGAGCAAGACGGAUAAAAUGUGGCUAGAUGGGGAGCGUAAUAUUCGUUCCUCGUCGACAACCAAAUCAUAAUUCAUAUGAUGACAUCAAUGAGGCCUCAAGCUUUUUUUCGUA